AUGGACACCAUAGAGGACGAUUUCGUUCUCAUCUCCCACUCAGACACCCACCCCACCAUAUCUUCCUCGUCAUCCUCACCACUGCCGCCUCCCUUCCUCGACGAAAUCUCCUCCAUCGUCGCAGACCUCGCCGACUCACUAUGGCCCGUGAACAAAAAGAUACACGAUAAUCCAGAACUCGGCUUCCGCGAGUUCAUCGCCCACGACACCCUCGUCGCCUUCAUGCGCACCCAGCCGGGAUGGAAAGUCACCCCCUCGGCCUACGGCAUGAAGACGGCCUGGGUGGCCAUCUGGGACAGCGGGAGAAAGGGACCGGUCGUGUCUUUCAACGCUGAGAUGGACUGCCUCCCAGGAAUCGGCCACGCCUGCGGCCACAACCUAAUAGCAACAGCCUCCCUCACAGGCGCCCUCGUAACAGCAACCCUCCUCUCCCGCCACGCCCUCCCCGGCAGCGUCCUCCUCUACGGCACCCCCGCAGAAGAAGGCGGCGGCGGCAAAAUCCGCCUCCUCCAAGCCGGCGCCUACGCCUCCGCCGCCCCGGGAGGCCACCCAGCCGACCUCAACCUCAUCUCCCACCCGGGCAUCGUCCCCGCCACCGCGCUGAUGCGCACCUCGGCCUUCGCCUCCCUCACCGCAGAGUUCUUCGGCCGCGAGGCCCACGCCGCGGCGAACCCCUGGCUCGGCAUCAACGCCCUCGACGCCCUCGUCGUCGCCUACACGUCCCUCGCCGUCCUCCGCCAGCAGACCCGCCCCGGCGACGUCAUCCAGUGCAACAUUUCCCACGGCGGCGUCCGCCCCAACAUUAUCCACGCCUACGCCGCGGGCCACUUUGUCGUGCGCGCCAACACCCAGCCCCGCCUCGCCGAGCUCCUGCGCAAGGUCGAGAAAUGCUUCGUGGCCGGCGCCGAAGCCACGGGGGCGACCUACAAAGUGACGCAUACGGGCGCGUACAUGGAUCACGUGCCCAACCGGGUCCUGGGUCGUUCGUACACGCGGUAUUUCAACGCGUUGCUUGUCCCCGGCGGCGAAGGAGGCGAGGACGAAGACGGAAGCAUCCCGACGGACGAGGAUGUCGAUGAGAUUCGGGGACGGACGAUGGCGAGUACGGAUCAGGGGGACGUCAGCUACGCGAUGCCGAGUCUCAGCGUCGGGUUCGCGAUUCCGGCGGGCAAGGGCGGGCAAGGGCCGCAUAACCCCGAGUUUGCGGAGGCGGCGGGGACGAGGGUCGCGUUCGAGAGGAGUUUGCGGGUUGGAAAGGGGCUGGCGGGUGUUGCGAUUGAUGUGUUUACAAAAAAGGGCAUGUUGGAGGAGGUAAAGGCGGCUUGGAAGAAGGAUAUGGGUAGAUGA